AUGAAUGGGUAUACUCGUUGGUCACGACAUGGUGAGCUAUUAAUUUAUCGUAAUUUGAUUGAUACCGAAACUAACGACGACGAGACUGACGAUUUUGACAAUGACAAUUAUGAUCAAAUAGAUGACAUGUUACAUGAUAUUCAAGAUGACAUUCCUAAUAAAGAUUUUGAAAAAUUUCAACAACUAUUUGUCGAUGCGGAAAAACCGUUAUAUGUUGGGUGCACAAAAUUUACCAAACUUUCUGAUGUGCUGAAAUUAUUUAACUUAAAAGCGAAUAGUGGUUGGAGUAAUAAAAGUUUCACAAACUUGCUAGAGAUUUUGCAUGAAAUGCUUCCUGAAGAUAACGAGCUACCUGUUUCAUUAUAUCAAGCGAAAAAAUUGGUGUGUCCAAUGGGUUUGGAAAUCGAGAGAAUUAAUGCAUGUCCAAAUGAUUGCAUGAUUUAUAGAGAUCAGUAUGCUGGUCUAGAUAAAUGUAUUACAUGUGGUAAAUCGCGAUAUAAACAGAAGAAUCAUAUGGAAGAAGACGACAAUGUGAAAAGGAAUGCAGCCCCUGCUAAAGUAUUGUGGUAUUUUCCCAUCAUACCAAGACUAAAACGAUUAUUUGCUAACGCCAAAGAUGCAAAGUUGUUGCGUUGGCAUUUCGAGAAGCGUAGCACAGACGGAAAAAUGAGACACGUGGUUGAUUCUCCUCAAUGGAGAAAUAUUGAUUAUGAAUUUAAGGAAUUUGCUGCUGAGAUUAGAAAUAUCCGAUUCGGACUUAGUUCAGAUGGAAUUAAUCCAUUCGGAAACAUGAGUAGUCAACGUAGUGUAUGGCCAGUGCUACUAUGUAUAUAUAAUCUUCCACCUUGGCUAUGCAUGAAGCGAAAAUACAUCAUGAUGUCAUUGCUAAUUCAAGGCCCGAAACAACCUGGCAACGAUAUUGAUGUGUAUUUGUCUCCGUUAGUUGAGGACAUGAAAAAAUUAUGGAAUUUGGGCGUUGAAGUGUAUGAUGCAUAUAAGAAGGAGCAUUUCCAACUACGAGCCAUGAUUUUUUGCACUAUAAGUGAUUUUCCAGCUUAUGCAAAUUUAUCAGGGUAUAGUACGAAAGGAAAUAAGGCAUGUCCAAUCUAUGAAAAUGAUACACACCGGUUAUGGUUGGAAAACUGUAAAAAAAAUGUGUAUAUGGGACAUCAAAGAUCGCUUCCAAUGGAUCACGAAUAUCGUAAACAAGGGAAUUUGUUUGAUGGUAAAACAGAAAAUGGUAAAGCGCCUCAACCAAUGAACGGAAGAACUACGUUUUCUCGGGUUGAAAAUCUAAACAUUGUGUUUGGAAAAGGUGUUAAAAACAAUUGUCUGGAUAAUUGGAAAAAGAGGUCAAUUUUUUGGGAAUUACCAUAUUGGGAAAAGUUAGAUGUUCGACAUUGUAUUGAUCCUAUGCAUAUAGUGAAAAAUGUUGGUGAAAGCUUGAUAGGAUUGUUGUUGAACAUUACUGGAAGAUCAAAGGAUGGAAUUAAGGUUCGAAGGGACAUGAUUAAAAUGGGAAUUCGACCCGAGCUUGCUCUAUUCCGAAAGACGAAAAACGCGCGUAUUUACCACCAGCUUGUUAUACCAUGUCUAGAGUUGAGAAACAAUCAUUUUGCGAAUGCUUGCAUGGUGUGA